AUGGCGUCCGGCGAACAUCCAUGUUACACUCUUAUUCAUGUGCCUAGUGAUUCGGAACUUCCUUCUGAGUCGCAACUCAAAGAAAAGUUUGAAAAAGGAGGGGACAAGGAAAGAAUUGAUGCUCUCAAAAAGCUUAUUUAUUUGAUUUUAAAUGGAGAAAAAGUGAGCCAAGGAAUGCUCAUGUAUGUCAUUAGAUUCUGCCUUCCAUCCAAUGAGCAUACAUUGAAGAAGCUACUUUUAAUUUUCUGGGAGAUCGUCCCAAAGACGGAUUCAAAUGGAAAAUUGCUGCAUGAAAUGAUAUUGGUGUGCGAUGCGUACAGAAAAGAUCUGCAACAUCCCAAUGAAUUUGUGCGUGGAUCAACUUUGAGGUUCUUAUGCAAACUCAAAGAGCCUGAACUUCUGGAACCGCUCAUGCCUGCCAUUCGCCAGUGCCUCGAGCACAGGCAUUCAUAUGUUCGUCGCAACGCAGUUUGUGCAAUCUUCACAAUUUACAAGAAUUUCGAGUUUUUAAUUCCCGACGCGCCAGAAUUAGUGACCAACUAUUUGGAAAGUGAAAUGGAUGCUUCGUGCAAGAGAAACGCCUUCAUGAUGCUCCUUCACGUCGAUCAAUCCCGAGCCCUUGAAUAUUUGUCUGGUUGCAUCGAUCAAGUCGGGCAAUUCGGCGAUAUUCUCCAGCUUGUCAUCGUCGAGUUAAUCUAUAAGGUGUGUCAUUCGAAUCCAAAUGAGUGUGCCAGAUUCAUCCGCUGUGUCUAUAAUCUUCUUCAAUCGCAAAGCCCUGCCGUCAGAUAUGAAGCUGCUGGAACCCUCGUCACUCUUAGUACUGCACCAGCUGCAAUUAAAGCUGCAGCUGCCGCUUACAUCGAUUUAAUAGUGAAGGAGAGCGACAACAAUGUGAAGCUCAUCGUUCUCGACCGCUUGGUGCAACUAAGAAACACAUCCAGCAAUGAGAGAGUGCUCCAAGGCCUUGUGAUGGAUAUUCUUCGUGUCCUUUCUUCGCCUGGUCUCGAAGUUCGUCAGAAGACUUUGAAUCUUGCACUGGAUUUGGUGUCCAGUAGAAAUGUCGAGGAUAUGGUGAUGUUUCUCAAAAAAGAAAUCAAUAAAACCGCUACCGAAAGCAACGAUGAAAAUGGAAAAUACCGGCAAGCACUUGUCAAGACUCUGCAUGCCGCCACAAUCAAAUUCCCUGACGUCGCUUCUUCAAUUGUACCGGUAUUAAUGGAAUUUUUGUCGGAUUCAAACGAAACCGCUGCGUGCUAUGUGCUUCAAUUCGUCAGAGAAGCCGUCCACAAAUUGCCAAACCUUAAAGAAGCGAUAUUGAAGUCGCUGAAGGACGGAAUUCUAUCAAUUCAAGCUCCAGAGAUAUUCAUGUCGGCUCUUUGGAUUCUUGCAACUUAUUGCGAGCCUGAAAACAAUUUGGAGAUUUUGAAACUUAUUAAAAAUUCGAUCGGAGAAUUGCCAAUUGUUGAUUCGGAAAUCGCCGAGCAAGUUGAGGGAGCCGAAAUUAAACAUGACGAUGUGCCAGUGAAGAAAUCUACUGCGCCAAAGGUUACUGCUGAUGGAACCUAUGCUACUCAAACCGCGUUGUCGACCACACUGACAUCGAAGCGAGCUGACAAGCCUCCGCUCCGCCGAUUCCUUCUCAACGGAGACUAUUUCCUCGGGGCUAGAUUGUCCACAGUUCUUACAAAACUCUCCCAACAAUUUACGAUCUUGGAAGGAGCUGGAAGUGAGCGAUCGAAUCGCUUCCGGGCUGAAUGCAUGCUCAUUUUGGCUUCUAUCAUCCACUUAGCGAAGAGUGGUCAUGUUUCGCAUCCUGUUAAUGAAGAUGACUUGGACAGAAUGGGAGCUACAAUAAAGGUUCUAGCUGAAGGAAUUCCAAAUCUUGAUAAAGAAUUUGGAGACGAGUGCAAGAAAAGCCUUGAGCUUAUGCUCAAUUCGAGAUCGACGAGCCGAUUUGAAGACGCUUCAGCGACAUCUGGCAAAAAAUCGAAAGACUUCCUUGAAGUUGACAAAACGAUCACUUUCACGCAACUGUCGGCGAGAAAUAAUCAACAAGGAGAGAACUUGUUUGAUCUUUCCCUCUCGCAAGCUCUUGGAACUGCUCCGAAAGCACAGAAGUUUGAUUUUUCGAGCUCGAAACUUGGAAAAGUUAUCCAAUUGGCCGGAUUUUCCGAUCCAAUUUACGCAGAAGCUUACGUUAACGUUAACCAAUAUGAUAUUGUACUCGAUGUAUUGAUCGUCAAUCAAACUGCUGACACCCUUCAGAAUGUUUCUUUGGAACUUGCAACUGUCGGAGAUUUGAAGCUCGUCGACAAACCAACUCCAGUGACGCUUGCACCAGCCGAUUUUUCGAAUAUCAAGGCUACUGUCAAAGUGGCAUCGACUGAAAACGGUGUUAUAUUCUCCACUAUUUCGUAUGAUGUUCGCGGCUCAACUUCGGAUCGUAAUUGUGUGUACCUUCAAGACAUCAAAAUUGAUAUUAUGGAUUACAUUGUGCCUGGAAAUAUGAGCGAUACUGAUUUCCGUCAGAUGUGGAGCGAUUUCGAGUGGGAGAAUAAGGUGAACGUGAUGACACCGAUUCGAGAUCUUCGUGAAUUCUUAACACAUUUAUCGAGUUCGACAAAUAUGAAAGUUUUGACCGGAGAUGCAGCUAUUGAAGGAGAUUGUGGCUUCCUUGCUGCAAAUUUGUGUGCACACUCCAUUUUUGGCGAAGAUGCGCUGGCAAACAUUUCUGUCGAAAAAGCGUUGCCUAUGGAUGAUGCUUCGCCGAUUGUGGGUCACAUUAGAAUACGCGCGAAGAGUCAAGGAAUGUGCCUCACACUUGGUGAUAAAAUCAGCACGGCAAUGCGGUCUCGAAAAGACGGCAACCCGAUUCCCGUGCCGACUGCUUAA